CUGAAUUGUUUUGGCAACCGCCAUUUAAAAGACGAAGAAGAAGAGGAAGCGGAACAGGAGCAGCUUGUUUUAGUUGUGCUUCAGCUGGUGACAGAAAACGGUCAAAUGGCUGGUAGCAGACUAGAGAAUUUUGGGACUGUGUUUACCAGAGUUCGGGAUCUGUUAUCCUCUGGAGUCUUAAAGCUACCAGAGAAACCCAUCUGGUAUGAUGUAUAUAAGGCUUUUCCUCCAAAGACGAAUCCACUUCAUGUGAAGCUCCACAGUAGGCCUUGUACCAAGAAACAUAAUGCGGUGCCUGAAAUCUUCUACAGAGAGGAUCAAGUUAGAGCGAGAUUCUAUGAGCAGUAUGGAACCGGUUCUCGACCUCUUGAUCUUUCCAAAUCAAACUUUAUUUCUACUUCCCAGAGGUUUGUUGACAAGUACACUGAGUUAAAAAACCACACCAAGCCCAGUGUCUCUGACCUGUUUGAGAACACUGGGAAGGCUUUACUCACAGAGGGUAUCAUUCUGAGAAGAAGAGGAGCUCCUCCUGAGUCCAAAGAUCCAGUGCUUAAGCUGAAACUAAUGGACAUGUUGGCAGAGCAGCAGUCAGACGGUGGUGACACAUCAUCAGAACACGCCUCAGCAGUUUAAGAAACAUAUGUGCUAUUUUGUUCCAGAAAGCUACUGCAAAAUUAAAGUUCUGGUUGUAACUUGUUAA